CGCCGUCCGUUUCCGGUCAGUCAAAAUUGAUUGAGAAGAAGAGAAGAGAGAGACGGUCGAAAUCUGAGAAAAAGGGAGACACUUGAGGUACCAUUAGUUGCUUAAGUUCUUUGAACUUGCUUUGCUUUGCUAUUUAGCAACUUGCUUGAGGUACAUUCCAGAGCUCGUCUACCGAUAGAGAUGGCAACAGUCCCCGGGCCGAAGCGGAAGACCUGUUCCUACAGCUUUCAUCGUGAGCCGUUGACUUCACUGAUUGAGUUGGGUAGCUUUGUGACAGAUGAUCGUCUGAAGAGUUUUGUUGGACAGUAUGGAGAUAUUCUGACAGUGCUGAAGACAGUAGUGGAUCCGGUGCCUCUGCAGACACUACUACAAUUCUAUGACCCAUGGCUCAGAUGCUUCACAUUUCAAGAUUAUCAGCUAGCACCUACUCUUGAGGAGUACUCUAUUCUGAUGAAUGUCCCAGUUCAGCAUCAGACUCCCUUCUUGGACGUCCCAAAGGAGGUUGACUUCAGAUUGAUUGCCAGAGCUCUCCGGUUGAGUGUUAAGGAGGUUGGUGAGAAUUGGAAGCCCUGUGGGGAAGCUGUGGGUUUGCCAUUGAAGUUUCUGUUGAGAGUAGCCAGAGAUGAAGCAGAGAGGGGGAAUUGGGAAGUUUUUCACGCGCAGCUUGCCGCCUUGAUAUAUGGAAUCAUUCUCUUUCCUAGUAUGCCAAAUUUUGUUGAUCAUGCUGCCAUCAGCAUUUUUAUCAGAGGGAAUCCAGUCCCAACCCUUCUAGCUGACACUUACUAUGCCAUCCACAGUAGGCAUGGUAAGGGUGGAGCCAUCAGGUGCUGCCUACCUCUCCUGUUCAGAUGGUUUAUGUCACUUCUGCCUGUCAGUGGACCCUUUAUGGAUACCCAGAGCACUCUUAAGUGAACUCAGAGGGUCAUGUCGCUCACCUCCUACGACAUCAGAUGGCAGUCAUACCGAAUGGACGUAAAGGAUGUUAUCAUGAGUUGUGGUGAAUUCCGGAACGUGCCGCUCGUGGGGACCAAAGGCUGUAUCAACUACAACCCAGUUCUUUCUCUUCGCCAGCUAGGGUUUGUCAUGAGUAGAAGGCCACUUGAAGCUGAGAUAGCUGAGAGUGUGUGUUUUGAGAAGAAGGAUGACCCUGUUAGGUUGGAGCAGAUAGGGAAAGCCUGGAGAUCUCUUGGGGUCAGGGAUGGAUCUGUCUUAGGGAAAAAGUUUGCCAUUGCAAUGCCCGAUUACACUGAUUGGGUAAAGAAGAGAGUGGAAACUUUGCUGCUACCCUACGAUAGGAUGGAUCCGUUGAGAGAACAACCACCUUUGGUUCUUGCUGAUAGUGUGCCUGCUGAACACUAUAAGCAAGCCCUGAUGGAGAGUCGUCGUCUGAGGGAGAAGGAGCAAGACACUCAGAUGGAGCUGUACAAAGUUAAGGCUAAUAAGCUGCACUUGGCCCAUCAACUCAGGGAAGUGCAAGGAGAGGGUACUAGCAGAGCAAGGAGCAAGAAGAGAUCAUAUGAUGAGGUAGAGUCUAUGUUGGACGCAGAGCAUAGGGAAUGUCUGAGGCUACAGAGAGCAGAAGUCAACUAUCAGAAGAAGAUCAGAGACCUGGAGAAGCAACUCAAAGACAAAGACACUCAGUUGAAGAAAGAGGUGGAGUUGAGACAGAAGUCAGAAGAUUAUCUUGGAGGAGAAGUCUUGGAGCUUAGAAGACAACUGAAGGAGAAGAUUACCCCUCUACCAGAAUGUUCAGAAUGCACACUGUUGAUAGACCAGUGCCAUUACCUGAAGACUCUCAUUCCGGAAGACCGUCUGUCUUAGAUUGUAUCUUUGUUUGUAUUUAUUGAGAAUCACCUCCAGGCUUGUUGGAUGGGAUUCAUUUGUUUGUACUCCGUCUUUGGAUCUUUUUUGUUGUGAAUCACCUCCAGGCUUGUUGGAUGGGAUUCUUUUUCUUUGUACUCUGUUUAUUCGAAUAUUCUGUUGACUUGGUUGUAUUGA